AUGUCAGAUUACUCCAUCUCUAUUGCUGAGGAGGUUAAGAUUCAGGACCCUGAAAAGAAUCAACCAGCAAAGCUCAAAGAUUCCUCCAUCUUCUUGGCUGGUGCUGAGGUCAAACAGACCCAGUGCAAAGAUGUCUCCUUGGUUGCUGCAGCUGAGUCAAAGACUCUGAAACCUCAGGAGGAGCAGCCAGCAAAGUGUAAAGAUUUGUCUGUGUUUGCUGCAGCCGGAGGAAAGACUCAGGACUCAGCAAAUGUCAAAGGUGAAAAGGACCUGGACAUUAAUGUAGACUGGCCAGAGACUGACUACAGUUGCAGUGACGAUGAGUUCAUGAGUGAAGAGAUAUACCCAACGGAUGAAGAGAAAGAUCUUCCACAACUCCAGACAGAUGGGAAUACUAAUGAGAUUGGUGGAGAAACGACAGAUAGUGUUGCUUUUCAAAGACACAGAAUAAACUCAGAGAAGGAUGAGAAAGAUGGAGAUGAAAAGAAAGAGGUCAUUCAGGAGAACCAGAGAACAACGUACAAAGAUUUAUCCAUACUUUCAGCUGGUGCUCAGGUCACACAUUCACAGUGCAAAGAUCUCUCUGGGUUUGUUGCAGCAAGGGAUAAGGUCAAGGGUGAAAACGACCGGGACAUAGACUGGUUAGAGAGUGACAACAGUGAGAUUGAGGAAGUAAUAGAAAGUGACAGUGAAGUAAAGGAAAUUCACCAAAUGGAAGAAAAGAAAGAGAAGGAUGAAGAACAGACAGAUGACCUCCAAAGUAAGAGAAAGACAGAGAAGAGUGACGAGGAAACCACAGAUAGCAGUGAUGACAAGAGUGAGAAAACAAACAUCAAGAAAGACAAAGAGAUGCGUCAUGAAGACAUUACAGACCACACCCUUGAGAAAACAGAUUUCUCCAUCUUAGCUGAGGAGGAGGUUAAGACUCAGGACCCUCGCGCGGACCAGCCAGCAAAGUGCAAAGCUGGAGGACAGACUCAGAACACUCAGACAGACCAGGCAGCAAAGGUCAAAGGUGAACAGGACCUGGACAUUGACUGGUCAGAGAGUGACUAUGACAGUGAGGGAACAAUGGAUAGUGACAAUGAGUUCAUAGGUAAAGACGAAUGGACAAAGUGGAGCGUGGACAUUGAGGAAAAGAAAGUGUGUACACAAGUCCAACAUGAUGCAAAUACAGCUGAGAGAGACAUCAUAAACCAAGAGAAGAAAAAGGACGAGCCAGCAAAAUGCAAAGAUUUAUCCAUCUUUUCAGCUGGUGCUCAGACUCAGCAGACCCAGCAGUGCAAAGAUGUCUCCAUGGUUACUGCAACUGAGUCAAAGACUCUGAAACCUCAGGAGGACCAGCCAGCAGUGUGCAAAGCUGGAGGAAAGACUCAGACAGACCAGGCAACAAAGGUCAAAGGUGAACAGGACCUGGACAUCGACACAGACUGGUCAGAGAGUGACUAUGAUAGUGAUGAUGAAUUCAUAACUGAAGAAGUAUGGCAAAAGUGGAAAGAGGACAAUGAGAAGAAAAGACAAAACAAAGAUUACACAGUUACACCAUUACCGAAUACAGAUAGGAUUGAUGGAGAGGUCUCAAGAGAAAAGAUUGGAAAGAUAAACCAAGAGCAGAGGGCUGUAGCAGAGGGAAAGACUCAGAACCGUCAGACAUAUCAGCCAGUAAAGGUCAAAGGUGAAAAUGACCUGACAAGUGGGGGAAUGAACCAAGAGAAGACAGAGAUAGAGGUCCUUCAGAGGUCUCGUCAGGAACAGCCAGCUAAGUGUAAAGGCAUGGCCAAGGUCCCCCCGGUUCAGCAGGCCAAAAUUACUCUAUUUUCACUGCAUCAGGGCUAAAGAGCAAGGACCCGUAUGAUCAACAGCCAGUAAAAUGCAAAGAAGUCUCUAUAUUUGCAGCUGGGAAAAAUCGUUUGGCUAAAGUCUUGAAACCCCUUGUGCGCAAAAAAAUGAAGUCAGAAUGCAUAGGUAAGAGAGGAGAAUGUUACAACUGAUAAGUGAAGUUUGUUUGACACAGUAUUACAUGAUUCUAACAGUGAUACUUUUUGUUGGGUCUUUUUUCAGUUCCUGACGUUUUCCUUGCUAAGAAGUGACCUCUGCAAUUUGAAAAAUAUUUUCUGAAAUUCAUUUUCAUUCUUUCCCUUGUUUUCUAUAUACAUUUUUAAAUUCUUCAAGCAUUAUAAAAUAAUAAAAUCAUUUUAUCA